AGUUUCACAUAUACGGCAGUGUGGCCGGUGCUUUCCCUAUUUUACGGCAGUGUUGGCCAGGGUCCGAUCGGCGUGAGAGUUUCUGCUUCUCCUGGUAACGGCGGCGAGAUGGACGUGGGGGAGUUACUCAAUUACCAGCCUGACAGGGGUGCAAAACGUCCUCGUGGUGUGGAUGAAGAUGAAGAUGAUUUAAAAGUAUCGCAUAAGUAUGGUUCAGCCAGAAGGAGUUACUAUGAAGAGAGUGGAAUCAUGGUUAAUGAAGAUGAAGAAGAAGCAGGCAAGAAGAAAAUCCUUGAAUUAAUGGAAAAUGAUGAGGCAGAACCUUUGGAUGAAAGCUCAGUGAAGAAGAUGAUCCUAACAUUUGAAAAAAGGGCCUAUAAAAACCAGGAAUUGCGCAUCAAAUUCCCAGAGAAUCCAGAGAAAUUCAUGGAGUCAGAAUUGGAUUUAAACGAUAUUGUACAGGAAAUGCAUGUGAUUGCGACCAUGCCUGAUCUGUAUCACUUGCUUGUGGAGCUCAAUGCUGUGCAGUCCCUGAUUGGCCUACUUGGUCAUGAAAACACUGAUGUAUCCAUUGCGGUGGUGGACCUGCUGCAAGAGCUGACGGAUAUAGACACCCUGCAUGAGAGUGAAGAAGGAGCAGAGGUCCUUAUUGAUGCUUUAUUGGAAGGACAAGUGGUAGCACUGCUAGUUCAAAACCUGGAACGAUUAGAUGAGACAGUGAAAGAAGAAGCAGAUGGUGUUCACAACACGCUAGCUAUUAUAGAGAACUUAGCUGAAUUUCGCCCUGAAAUGUGCACUGAAGCAGCUCAGCAAGGUCUUCUACAGUGGAUGUUGAAGCGAAUAAAGGCCAAGAUACCUUUUGACGCCAACAAGCUUUACUGUAGUGAAAUUCUUGCCAUUUUGCUCCAGAAUAAUGAUGUCAAUAGGGAAUUACUUGGUGACCAGGAAGGGAUCGAUGUGUUGCUGCAGCAGCUGUCAUUGUUCAAACGUCAUAACCCCGGUACAAAUGAGGAGCUUGAAAUGAUGGAGAACCUGUUUGAUAGUCUUUGCUCAUGCCUGAUGUUGAGCUCAAAUAGGGAUCGAUUUCUGAAGGGGGAGGGACUGCAACUCAUGAACCUUAUGCUCAGAGAAAAGAAAAUGUCACGAGCCAGUGCUCUAAAGGUGUUGGAUCAUGCUGUGAUUGGUCCUGAAGGGUCUGAUAACUGUCACAAGUUUGUUGACAUCCUUGGACUAAGGACAAUAUUCCCUCUUUUCAUGAAAACGCCAAAGAAAAUGAAGAAAGCUGGAAUGACAGAAAAGGAACAUGAAGAGCACGUUUGUUCAAUUCUGUCUUCCAUGCUGCGAAAUUUGAAGGGUCAGCAGCGAACCCGGCUACUUAACAAAUUCACUGAAAAUGAUUGUGAAAAGGUCGACCGACUGAUGGAGCUGCAUUUUAAGUACCUGGAAGCUGUGCAGGUGGCUGACAAGAAGAUUGAAGGAGAAAAACAUGAUAUGGUCCGUCAAGGGGAAAUAAUUGAUGAUGAUAUGGAAGAUGAAUUUUAUCUGAGGCGCUUGGAUGCCGGCCUCUUUGUCCUUCAGCUGGUUUGCUACAUUAUGGUGGAGAGCUGCAAUGCUAAUAUCCCUCAGAUACGACAACGUGUGCACCAGAUCCUGAAUAUGCGAGGUGGUUCAACCAAGGUGGUUAGACAUAUCAUGAGAGGGACAUGCAGUGAAAUCACAGCCACCAUUUUGAUCCUGCCUGCCCAGUACAUGGAAAAACAGCUGAUUCUAAAGCCUGCAUUGUGCCUUUCCACAACUAAUAGCUUGGGAGGUGACUGCAGCAGCCCUGGAGUACGCUGAAAAUAUUGGUGAUGGGAAGAAUGACGAAUUUAAAGAAAGUGAACAGAAAAGAAUCUUGGCCCUGCUUGAAAAUUUCUAAGAAAGCAGAAUGUUAUUUAGGGUCUGUUAAUAUUAGAGAAGUUUUAAGAAAUACAAUGGCAAGCUUACAGUUUGAUGUGGUCCGGCACAUUAUUCUCUGAUUUUUAGUGGACUGGGAACACUUAACAGUGGAGUUGAUUUUAACCUAUUGUGCAACAUACUUGAGGAAUGUGCCUCCCUAAUAGCAAGAACUGCAAUGCAGAUGGAGCACCAUAACAUUCAAUUGACUAAAAAUUGCCACUCCUGCAGUAGAGAUCUUUACAAUUUAAAAAAAUGAGCCAUGAUCUGUUUUAAUGAUUUGUCUCUGUCAGAACCGAACUUAUUUUCUCCAAGCUUUACACAAUGUUGCAUAAUGCAUUACAAGACAAAUGUAAUCUGUAGAAACAAAGUAAUUAGUAUUUUGCACACAAACCAGUGUACUAUUUGAAAAGAAGUAUCUGACUUGCAUUGUAUCUGAAGAAAAAUGUAUUUGCCCUGAUAUAAAUCUACUUGUUGCAAAUUGCACACCUCUAAUAUUUGUAAAGGUGAACCAUAUUCUGAAAGCUGCAGUUCCACUUUGUGCUUCAGUGAAGUACAUAUUAAUGUGUGAAUAUAAAUGUUGCUUUGUAUUUUGUACCAAAUGUACUUUUUAAGACUGCAAUUUUCUUCUGCUUCCUCUCAACCCCCCCACCCCCCCCAAUAAGAAACUUUGAAGUGUGUAUACUUUCUAACCUUAGGUUUGACAUGAAUGUUUCCCUGAAAUCUUACGUUUUUCCAAUUUGUUUCUGGUUUUAUUUACUGUAACAAUGUAACAGAUCUGUCAGCAACUGAAAGGAGAAACUUUAUGGUGAAGGAUCUUCAUCCAAACCAUUCACUUUUUUUUUCUCUUUCCAGAUGCUGAAUAACCCCAGAGGUAAUUCUACAUUUUCCACUUUUAUUUUGAAUUUCUGUCAUUCACAGCUUUUCUCUCUAUCUCUGCCACCAGUGACUUUUGUGGUGAUCUAUAAAGUUCAGUCACCAAAUUGCUAACAUUACAAACAUCACUGGGCACCAACAAAAAGGGUUGAAAGCUGACAUUACUCCUCAGCUGUUGAACAUGCUGGAGCUAAAGCAGGAUAAACUUGCCUGCAACAAGAAACAUAAGUAUUCAGUUUUACAUUGGAAGGGGCUGUCUGUUCCUUGCUGAACUAUUGCAGGUUUCUACAUUGACUGCAGACUAAACCCACAUCCUUGAUCUGUUUUAUGCAUCGCUUGCGGUAAGUUUGAGUAGGUGUUAACGUUAAUGGAUCUUCAGAGGGAACAGAGUUUUAAUUGCAAUAAAUUCUGAAAUAUAUUUCAUUGUUACUUUGAAACAAAAUCUUGUGGACCUGCAUUUCUACAAAUAAAAAUAUUUGAAACUCCA